AAGCGGUCUCAAAAGACAUGACCGUCUCGUUUGUGCGCACGAGGGGUCUCAAAGCAUUGAUGACAUACAGCGGGAGAGCAGCAUCCGCCGGACAGAGGGGCAAUCAAAUGUAAAACGAACGAUUCCAUCCUGCAGCGUUUCCAUAGCACUAGCCUCCUAUUAAGGUCCUUUUGAUGUUUCUAUCACGAAUGAAUCGAUGACGAAGAAGAAUAAGAAGGAAAGGGGAGAUUGGAGGAGAUUCGCUUCUCUCAUAACGGGGUACCGGUGAAAGAGGGGCAGUAGCCUACCUAUUAGUCAAAAACGUCAAACGAGAAUAGCCGCACCAUCAUCAGUCGCGUCUGUUUGUCGUGAGAUGACAAAGUGAAGUGGCGGAUCAUGUCUCAGAAGAAGAUAUUUCUGGUCUUUGUGGCAAUCAGUACCGUCAGUCUACUGCUGCACCAUGGGGGCCAUUUCAGCUGGACGAUGGAAGCCUUUCACCUCGGCUGUCCGUCACUACGCACCCACCUGUCCUCCUCUCUCAAGCCCAAACACACCAACGUGGCCUUCCUCAAGACGCACAAGACGGCCAGCACCACCAUGCAGAAUCUGCUCUUCCGCUUCGCAGAGCGCAACAACCUGACAGUGGCGCUCCCUGUGCAGGCCUGCGGACACCAGUUCUGCUACCCGCGCACCUUCAACGCCCACCUCGUCCACCCGCACACCCUGCCACCCAACGUGGUCACCAGCCACAUGCGCUUCAACCGUGCCGAGAUGCAGCGCCUCAUGCCUAACGAUACCAUCUACGUGACCAUACUUCGAGAACCAGGGUCCAUGUUUGAAUCGUUGUUCAGUUACUAUAACCAGUACUGUCAGAGUUUUAAGAGAGUUCCCAAUGGGUCCCUGGAGGCAUUUCUGGACGAGCCGUGGCGGUACUACCGUCCGGACGAAAAGGACUCCAUGUACGCCCGUAACACUCUGACCUUUGACCUAGGUGGGGACAAGGACCGUCCGGCGGCAGACGCAACAGCGUACGCCCGGGCCUUUGUGGCCGAGACAGAACGCGUCUUCUCCCUGGUGAUGAUCGCUGAGUACUUUGACGAGUCGCUGGUCCUCCUCCGUCACCUUCUCUCCUGGGAUCUGGAAGACGUGCUCUACGUCAAGCUGAACAUGCGAAUGUCCGGCUCCAAGCACAGCCUCUCUCCAGGCCUCCCCUUCAAGAUCCGCGCCUGGAACGCCUUGGAUGCACGCCUCUAUGAUCACUUCAACGCCUCCCUGUGGCGCCAGCUGACAGCCCUGGGCCCGGCGUGCGUGGCCAGGGAGGUGCGGUUGCUCCGCAGGGCCCAGGAGAGGCUGGUGAGGGGCUGCUUUGGAGGACGGCUUCCCCAGCUCCGCUCUGCUGCCCAGAUCAAGAACAAGGAGCUGCGGCCGUGGCAGCCCAGUGCAAAGGUGGACAUCGUGGGCUACGACCUGCCGACCAACACCAAUGCCACGUGGCCCGGAAGUCUGGCCCACGAGCUGUGUCUGAAGCUCAUCAUGCCAGAGGUCCAGUACACCAGGGUCCUGCUUCGAUCGCAGUCGCUACGCUACAGACGCAGCUACCCGCUCCGCUCCCCUCAGCCCCAGCCGCAGCAGCCCGUACGGUCGGUCCUGCCACGCCACCAACAGGUGGGGAUACAGCAGAUACACCGGGAGGCCCUUCCUCCAGGACUUGGUCCCGCCUCUAGCCCCACAGCCACCUCUCGACCUGCAGGGACCCAGAGCAGGGCCACCAGGGUGGGGCUAAGGCCCUCGGGCCCCCAGAGGCAGACGCCAUAACUUAAGACUGCAGCCUUGAAUAUAGACAGACUGAAUACAGCCAGACUAAAUACAGGCAUGCAGGCAGACAGACAGACUGUCCUCCAGACUUCAGCCAUUUGUCCCCAGGGACUGUAUCAGGGGGUUCUGGAGGAGAUAGGGAGAGGGGGGACACCCCCAGAUUGGGGCUGGAGUUUGGGGUAGGACCCCAUCAUUAUGGGCACAGGCAGAGCACUCUCAUUAAUUACAAACUCUGUAUGGAACAAUAAAGAACUGUUACUCUCGCUUUAUCUCUCUCACUCUCUAAUGCCACCCCCCCCCCCCCUCCCAAACCUUGAGAAGAUCAGUGAGAUGACAGUGAGAGAGGGUCAUCGCUCCGGGUCCGUGUCCAACCCUCUAAGCCUUCUCCAGAGAGGAAAACCAUCCAGUCCUGGGCCUCUCACCCAAUGACUUUACCCCCUCCCACUGAGUGUUAGGCCCGAGGACAGGUCAAAUGUCAAAAGUUAGGCCAGCGGUCCUUAGACUGACCCCCCCCACACACACACACUCGCAGCCCUUACACCAACUCUCUCCCUCCUGCCCACCCUGCUUUAGAACAUCUCUCUCUGCUUCUCCGACCCCAGCUCAUCUCUCUCUCCCCUCUACCAGCAACUGAACUAGACCAUGGCGGCUGCUGCUGACAAAUGGGAUGUUUUUAGAUAUGGGAAUUGUGUGUGUGAAAGCGUUUUUCCUAUGUAUUUUGUUUAUCUGGGGCGUUAUCGCAAUAAAGUUUUAUGUAAAGUCUUAUGUAAAGGUAGGGAUCUUAUAACCACAAGACACACACACACACCGGACUCAACCCGUUGUUGGUUCUGCAAGCCUGCUAAAAGACAUGAUGAGUGAGAGCUACAGUGUUUGAAUAUUUAAUUAUGUAUUCUUAAUGAGGCUCUCUUUGGAGAGACCUUCCACUUGGGUUACACAGUGAAACACACACACUCACACACACA